GUCAGAGCCGGGAAGCUCACGGCUCAGACACCAGCAUUUUGAAUGAGAUGUUUUCACUGGACAGUUUCUAUAAUCAGAGGUGGCGAUUGCCUUGACGAAGGAACUUAAGUCAAACCAGGCUGCCAUGGGCUCGAGUUCAACGCUGGAACGCCUUCUGUUUCUCCUCUGUUUGUCAGAGAUCUGCUCAGGAACCGCAGAGGAGAACUGCACCAACUACAAUCUCCAGUUCGAAAGGGCUUUCUCCGUUCCCGGGGACAUGAUUAUGCUGAAUAGCACACUGGUGUCUCCAGACGUCUUCAACUUCAGCACCGUUCCCUACAACAUCACAUGGUACAACUCAAAGACGGGACGAGAAAUGAGCAACCAGACUGGUCGGAUCCUGGUGCUCCAGGAAACUCUAUGGUUCCUGAAUGUAACACUGGAUGAUGAUGGGGAAUACAAGACAAUACUGAGAACUCCCUCUCAGUGCUACAUGCAGUCCACUAAACUGGUGGUGGAUUUGCCAGAUCCUGGAGAGUGUGGACGACCACGGAAAGCCAAUCAACAACUUACAAACCGAGCGGCGGACACACUGAACUGCCCUCUUCAUUGCUAUUUUGAGAAACUGGCAAGCUACAACAUCGCUUCCACUAUCAAGUGGUACAGAGGCUGUGACCCCGUAGAGAAUCACAGUGACAGAUAUGUCUUCAGGGACAAACGGACCAAAAUGACCAUCGGCAAGGUGGAGUCUGGAGACGGGGGUCUCUACACAUGUAGACUGACAUUCACACUCGGUGGCGUUACAGGAUCUGUGUCAGAGACCAUUGAUGUGGCAGUCACAGACAAAUUCUUUUUGGCUCCGCGAGUGCACGAACCAGCAAAUGAAAUAGUCAAGGCAGAGAUGGGAUCCAAUUUCUCAAAGAGGUGCCAGGUUUUUGUGCCGGGGUCUGGGAUUCCCUUUGUUGACGUCAUGUGGGUGGUGAAAGAUAAUUUCAUUCUGGAAACCAACGCCUCUAAACGAAUCUCCACGUCAACACAACGAAUGCGGAUCCAGGAUUCUCCUAAAGGCGUGUGGUUGGAGCGGCUGCUGAGAGUGUCUGAACUGAGAGAGGAGGACUUCAACAUCAACUACACCUGUAUAGCAUACAGUUCCAGAGGCUCGCCUAGUGGAUAUUUCACUUUGAUACCAACAGAACCAAACAUCAUCCUUCCCAUUGGAAUAGUUCUUGGUGGUGUGACGUUUCUCUUUAUCCUCACUGUCUCAAUUUACUACAUUUUUCGGAUCGAAAUUGUGCUGUGGUUUAGAAGAGCUUUUCCACUUCUCUAUGCAAACAAAGACUUGGAUGGGAAGCUAUAUGAUGCCUAUGUAGCAUACCCGGAGCCAUAUACCUCUGGAUUCAGCAAGAAGGUGGAGAAGUUUGCCCUCCAUGAAUUACCCCAGGUGUUGGAAAAAGACUGUGACUACAAACUCUAUAUCGCAGGGCGUGACUGUCUACCCGGACAGGCCAUCGUGGACUCCAUGGAGGAGAACAUUCAAGCCAGUCGUCGCUUCCUCCUGCUGUACACCGCCUCCACUUUCACCAGCCGACGGCACACGAGCAGCAGCAGCAGCAGUAAUAACAACAACGUUUCUAAGAGCAGUGAUGGCAGCGACAAGGACCAAAGCAGAGCCACGAGUCUUGAUGGCAGCGACAAAGUUUACCCAGACACAAGGCAUCAGUUGGAAUGUGUGGCAGCGAUGCACAGAGCGCUGAUGGACGGAUCGCUGAAGGUGGUUCUUGUGGAGCUGGAAGAAAUCACCCCAGCUCAACUGGCGCUCUUCCCAGCAUCGGUGCGCCACCUGAGGAAGAAGCAGGGUGCUGUGUGUCUAUGGAAGAACCACAAAACCAAGCAGAGAUGGAGGACGUGUAUGACGACGAGAGGAGACGUGGAAAGUGGAAGUAAUGACUCACAGUUAUCUCCAUCCCUCUCCCCUUCCUCCAGAUUCUGGAAGGAAGUGAGGUACCAUAUGCCUGUGAGAAGGAAAAAGAUCACGUAUCCGGAGAAGAUUGCACUGCUGAACUCUUGAUGGAGACGUGUGGGUGUGUGAAAUGUAGAUGUUUUUCCUGUACACAUAUGGACGAUAGUGAAACUCCUCCCACGCAGAUAAUGUAGAUGUAUUGCUCUGUAACAAGAAGUAAGGAGGUGCUCACUCCAAGGGUUAUGGACGGCGUACAGAACCAAGGUACUCACAAGACUUUUCAUGAAAAAAAAGACACAUUUGUCUUUCGUGCUAAUCAUGUGCAACAUAUCCUGUAGGACAUUUGUUUUUGUAAUAGUACCAUAUUCAAAAUGUACUGUAGUCAUGGUAACUGAAUUUGGAAAACCUGAUGAUAAAGACUCAGCAUCAACAUCAACAUCAGCAGCAUCUGUACAUCUGUGUCUGGGCUAUCCAAGGCCUGCUUGAAUCACUCAACUAUAUGUCCAUGAAAAUGUAAAAAUGUAAAUAUAAAAAGACUUUAAAAAGUUUUAUAAUAGAAUACAAACUGUGAAUGUUUUAUUUUUGAAUGUUUUUAUUUUAUCAUUUUGGGAAACACACAUGCUGCCCUUCACGUACUGUUAACAGAGUCAAAAAUGUUAAUAUGUAUAAAUGUGUUAUUUAUAAAAGCAACAGCUUGAUGUUAAAUGUGGAUGGAAGCAUAUGUUGUUAUUGUUGCAUUUAAAUGCUAUGUAUACUGUAUUUCAUCAGCAUGUAUAACCAUCAAGUCAUGCAUUUGUGAUCUUUCAGUGAAAAUGUAUAUGCAGUGGUUGUAUAAAUUCUGUUAAACAUCCAUGUUUUUUAAACCUAUAUUAACAAUUACAUUUAUAUUUAGUUAACAUUACAUUACAAGCAACAAAAUGACAAUAGUUUCCUCUUACAUCCACAUCCUUGCCAACUUUCAACUCCAUAGAAGAACACUGGAAGAACCAGAACUCUCCUGUUUUAUGAAGUUUAUACAAAAUAAUUGAAAUAAAAUGUUAAUGCAAUGUGUCUGCAGUACUUGUAAAACUAUUCAAGGUAUUUUUAGAGGAUGGACAAUGAAUAUUCUUUAAUUCCACGCCUUAAAUCCAACCAAAACAGCACUAAAAGCUGCCAUCAAUCAGUGUCUGCAUUUGAUUUAAAGCAAUCAGCAACAAUGCUUGUCCUGUGUUUUAUUGUGAAGCACUUUGUGAUUUUAUCUUGAAAGUUGCUAUAUAAAUACAAUUGUAUUUACUUACUUACAAUCAUUACAUAGCAACACAGCCUUUGCCUUCGAUAAGUUUGUGAGGUAGUGCUACAAUUACUUCCCACUAAUGACAAAAGGAUGAGGAGGGCUAGGUGGAUCAGGUGAGAGGGCUGGUAGGGUGAGGCCUUUUACAAAUCAAAGCUUUGAAAAAGGUAAUUACUUUCUUACCAGCCUAGCCCAGAUACAAUAGGGCCUUCGCACUGUAAGUGCUCGGGACCUAAUAAUAAAAAACAAAAACAAAUUACACAAUUAAAAAAAAACUACAACAAAGUUAUAAAAUAACACAAAUUAGCUGUUGUCAAACACAGAUAGUCGUAUUCUUUUUUGAUUCAAAGAAAAAUAUGACAAUGGUGUUAAAAAGAGAGAAAGGAAAAAAGAAAACCCACCUAACUUAACAAUUAUCAUGAUAUUUCUUCAUCAAACCAGCUUUUAUUAUUCAACUGAUAUGCAUUAAAUUAUAUUUGCAAGUACAGAUUUGAUGAAAAGGUGAGAGUAUAUAACAGGAUUGCAUAUCCCCCAAACGUCUCAUCUUAAUACCUGAUUAUGAUUUAAUAUUGCUGAGCCACAGCACGGCUAAGUUAGCCACAUGCUAACUCAUUCACAAACAUCAUUCAUUCUGCAUUACACAGGAAUACGUACCAAUAAAACUGAGCUCAUGUUCUGUGUAUUGUAUUUAUCAUGUAGAACAAUAUCUAUGAAAAUGAAUUGUACAGGAAAUAAAUCCUUAAUCUUAUAAAUGAAAUAAUGCGUCACGGCUUGGACAGUUAAUGUGGUUCCACAUGUUGUAUUUGGGGUUGCGUGAGCGUUCUGAUGGUCCAUCCAUGUUCCUGCAGGUGACGC